GAGGACAGGAGAAAUUUGCUCAGAUAAAUAGCUGGCUGCUUGAUCACUGAAAGAAUUUGAAUGUGAUUCCUCGGCAGACAGCGGUUUUGUGGUUAUUUUUGGGGCAAUGGUAACAAAGAAAGCUCUGGAUAUCUUGAUAUCGAAUGCUAAUUUCCUAUCUGUUGGAACGGCUAUGUGUAAGCAAAGAACAUGUUGAAGUUUGAGGUUUUAGUCCAAUUUAUAUAAAGUGAAAAUUGAAAGAAAAUGGUUCCUUUGCCAUGGUUCUUCACGUGGUUGACCAUGGGACUCAAAGUAGUUACCUUGACAACACUAAGUUUAGCCCAGGAUCCUGAAGAUGAUUUCUUUGACGCUCAUGAUUGGCAGUUUGACGAUUGCAAGUUGGCAAGAUCUGGCCCCCCAGCAACUAUAGUAGCAAUUGAUGAAGAAAGUCGAAAUGGAACACUUCUGGUGGAUAAUUUGCAGAUUACAGGCCAUGCAGGCGGCUCAAAUCCUACUAUUGCCUUAUCAUUGAAAGGCAACAAUGACUACUGGGUGCUUCUGGACGCUGUCAAUCAGAGACUCUAUUUGAACAGUACUGGCCGAGUUCUCGACAGAGAUCCUCCAUCAAAUAUCCAGUCCAUUGUGGUUGUGCUCGAUUGUGUGAACUUGCGAGUUGGAAGUGUCAUCAAACAUGAAGUGCGAAUUAUUGUAAGGGAUCGAAAUGAUAAUUCUCCAUCUUUUCAGCAAUCACGAUACCAUGUGGAAAUUAAUGAGUUGACACCAGUUGGGACCACUAUUUUUACUGGCUUCUCUGGAAGAAAUGGAGCAACUGACAUAGAUGAUGGUCCUAAUGGACAGAUUGAAUAUGUUAUUCAACAUAAUCCAAAUGAUCCAGAAUCCAGCCGGACUUUUGGUAUUCCGCUCACAUUAUCAGGAGCUGUAGUUUUAAGGAGAAGGCUAAAUUAUGAAGAAAAAACACGUUACUAUGUCAUUGUUCAAGCAAAUGACCGAGCUCCAAAUCCAAAUAAUAGAAGAACCAGCACAACAACGCUGACAGUUGAUGUACUUGAUGGAGAUGACCUUGGCCCAAAAUUCCUUCCAUGUGAAUUAGUCAAUAAUACGAGGGAUUGCCGGCCUCUUACAUACAAGGCCAAUUUGCCUGAGCUCACAGACCCAGCAAGGAUAAACCCAGUGAAUGUCACACCUCGAAUUUUAGCUGUUGACCAGGACAUCAAUAUUAAACCAACUGGUGAUCAACCAGGAAUUGUCUACAGCAUUCUUGUCGGUACUCCGGAGGAUUAUGCUAAGUACUUUUCUCUGAAUAAUAUCACAGCAGAGCUCUAUCUCCUAAGGCCAAUAAACAGGGAUUUUCAUCAGAAAUUUGAUUUGGUUAUUAAGGCGGAACAAGACAACAGACACCCACUGCCAGCUUUUGCCAAUUUGCACAUAGAAGUUCUAGAUGAAAACAACCAAGCCCCCUACUUUGAACAAACUACCUACCAGGGCUUCAUCAUUGAGUCUGCUCCAGUGGGAACAACUGUUUCAGACAGUCGGAAUUUAACAGCACCAUUAAGAAUUGUAGCCCUGGAUAAUGACGUGGAGGAGACAAAAGACCCAAAGUUGCGGAUUUCACUAAGCGACUUUGUCACAGCUUUUACCGUAACUCCUUUUGGAAUAACCCGUUAUUUGACUUUACGUGAACCAGUUGACCGGGAACGUCAGCAGAAUUACACUUUUACAAUGACUGCUUCUGACGGUGUUCAAGAGAGUACUUCAGUCACUGUCAAUGUCUUAGUGAUCGAUGCAAAUGACAACACUCCAAUUUUUCAAAACAUUUCCUACAAAGUGAAUGUUUACACUGACAUGAAACCUGGAGAAUCUGUCAUACAGCUUACUGCAUCAGAUGCUGAUGAAGAGAAGAAUGGACAAAUCAUUUAUGAAAUUGUGACUGGUGAUGAUGGUGACUUUGUUAUAAGUAACAGCAGUGGGUUGAUCAUCAUAGCUCCUGGAGUUAGUUUAAAUGUUGGUCGGACCUAUGCCCUUACUAUCAAAGCAACAGAUAAUGCCCAGCCAGCUCAAAGGAGAAGCUCUAUUACCACUGUCUAUAUUGAGGUUCUUCCUCCAAACAACCAGAGCCCGCCAAGAUUUCCACAAAUGCUGUACAACGUUGAAGUGAGUGAAGCUAUGCGAACAGGGGCAACUUUGCUAAAUUUGAGGGCAACUGAUCGUGAGAGAGACCCAAUCACUUAUCGCAUUCAAAAUGGAGAUCCACAGGAAGUUUUUACCAUUACUCAAAAUACUGGACUGCUAGUCUUAGAAAAAUCUUUAGACCGGGAAAGCACCGAUCGAUACAUACUUAUUGUCACAGCAUCUGAUGGCAAGCCUGAUUCGACUUCCACUACAACUGUCAACAUAGUAGUUACUGAUGUGAAUGACAACGACCCAACCUUUGACACCAUCUUUCUUAAGAACUUUACUGUAUUGGAGGAGGAAGCAAAUAUCUAUGUCGGUCAAGUCAGGGCCACUGAUCCAGAUGCUGGUGUUAAUGGACAAAUUCGGUACAGCUUGGCAAACUUCAAUAACCUUUUCAGAAUAACAUCAAAUGGUAGCAUUUACACAAUGACGUCAUUGGACCGAGAAACAGAAGAUAAGUACGACCUGCUUGUAGAGGCAUCAGAUGGAGCUGUGGACCCUCGCCGCUCAACCUUGACUGUACCAAUCAGAGUUCUUGACGUUGAUGAUAACAGUCCUGUAUUCUCACAAUCUACCUAUGUAGUUUCUGUACCAGAAAACAAUGAAGCUGGAAUGGUUAUUCUGCAGUUACAGGCAACAGAUGCUGACGUUGGUCCAAAUGCAACUUACCAUAUAAGAACUGAUGAGGCUAGACAACUGUUUUCCGUGAAUCAGUGGACAGGAGAAUUGUCAAUUUUAGAGUCUGUGGAUUAUGAAACUCUACCUACUGCAGAUGCAAGCUACACUUUUGUUGUUGAGGCACUGGACAGCGGGGGAAGCAUGCCUCCAGGGUUAGCUACUGUAAUUGUCCAAGUAAAGGAUAUGAAUGACUUCUCCCCUGAAUUUAGCAAGCCUUCCUACAAAGGGCUGGUGGCACCGGAUGCCCUCAAGGACAGCCUCAUCACUGUUGUAUCAGCUGAAGACAAGGAUCCUCCUGGGAGUCCAGCAAGCAGGAUUAGAUAUAAAGUGAAUAUGACUGAAUUUCCAUAUAGUGCAAGCAUAUUUGAAGUGGAGGAAGACACAGGACGAGUGCUUACCAGAGUUAAUCUCAAUGAGGAGCCUAGUACAAUUUUCAAGCUGGCAGUCGUUGCAUAUGAUGAUGGAGAACCAGUGAGGUUUACUACUACAAUAGUAGACAUUACUGUACUGCAGCCAUCAGUAAUUCCACGUUUUACACAGGAAGAUUACAGGCCUUCACCUGUAAGUGAAAAUGCUCCAAUAGGAACUGUAGUUGUCACUGUAACUGCAGCUGCUAUCAAUCAAACUAUAGUGUAUUCAAUUAUAGCAGGAAAUGAUGAUGGAGUAUUUAAAAUCAACAAUCGGACAGGAGUCAUCACAACAAAUAAAACGUUGGACUAUGAAUCUGUAAAAGAUUACGAAAUUAGAAUCCAGGCAGAUUCAUUGCUGUUCUUCAGAUCAAACCUGAGGGUUCCUUCAAGAACAAAUACAGCUAAGGUCUUCAUCGAGGUUCAAGAUGAAAAUGACCAUGCCCCUGUUUUCACCAAGUCUCUCUAUCUGGGUGGGGUGACUGAAGAUGCCAAGACAUUCACCACUGUGCUUCGUGUUGAGGUUGAAGAUAAAGACAGUGGAAACUACAGUAUUUCUCAGUUCCGACUAAUCAUACCACCCACAAAGGAUGGAAAGGAUGGUUUUGUGAUAGAAGAAUACACUGGUGCAAUCAAGACAUCUAUUACAUUCAGAAACAUGAGACGAUCCUAUUAUAAAUUUGAAGUUAUUGCGACAGACAACUAUGGGACAGAAUUGAGCAGUAGUGCACAAGUUGUUGUAUCCGUGGUCAAUGAAUUGGAUAUGCAAGUGAUUGUUUCAAAUGUCCCUCCUACUCUGGUGGAACAGAACAAGGAUCAGCUCAUCGGAAUUUUGGAACGUUAUGUACAAGAUCAGAUUCCAGGUGCCAAGGUUGUAGUGGAAUCCAUUGGUCCUCGCAGACAUGGAGAUGGCUUCCAGGAAGAGGACUAUUCUAAGUCAGAUCUGAUGGUUUAUGCCAUUGACCCUUUGACAAACAGAGCCAUAUCAAGGAACGAGCUCUUCAAAUUCCUAGAUGGCAAACUUCUAGAUAUAAACAAAGAUUUUCAGCCAUACUUGGGACAAGGAGGUCGUAUUCUGGAAAUUCGCACACCAGACGUAGUGGCAAAUGUACAGAAACAAGCACAAGCUGUGGGCUACACGGAAGGUGCUCUGCUGGCUCUGGCCAUCAUUAUCAUCCUCUGCUGUUUACCUGCUAUUCUGAUUGUUAUGGUUACCUACAGACAAUUUAAAGAGCGGCAGGCAGAGUGUGCAAAGACUGCAAGAAUCCAGAUGACUUUGCCAGCAGGGAAAUCAACCGGUGGCCCAACGACUAAUCUAUAUGAAGAACUGGGUGACAACACCAUGAGGGGAUAUGGACAACAGGAGCAACAGCAAUUACUGAGGCCCUCACUUCUUAGACCUGAGGAACUCUCCAUGGAAUCAGGCAUUGAUCCUGGUCAGGACUACUAUGCACAGGAUUACUACAAUUAUGAGCCUGGGUAUGAAGUACCACAGUAUGGAAGUCGCCGCAGAUUAAUCUCCCCUUCCGGAAUGUAUGACGACUAUGGAGAGGUGGUGAUGGAAGAUGAUGGUGGCUAUUAUUACAGUCCACAGGGAUCAAAUGCAGACGCAGAGUGGGCUCGCCAUAAACGGGUAAAGUUGGUUGUAGAUCGUGAGUAUGAAACCAGCUCAACUGGUGAGGACAGUGCCCCAGAAGGACAAAGGAUUCGUAUCAAGCACCCAAAUAACCACAGCAACAUUAACAGUAAUAUCUACAUUGCUCAAAAUGGAUCAAUUGUAAGAACAAGACGCAGCUGCCCUCCGACCAAUGGGAAAGCAACCUCACCUGCAAGGGUAGGAAAACAUUUUAAGAAACUAGACAAACUGGCAGCAACACAGGAAGAAAAGAUCCCGUUGAACAAUCCAUUGGCCAAUGCAACAGCUUCUUGUAGCAAUGACAAUCUUAAUGAAAGGCCAUCAUGUAGCUCCAUGGCCUCCAGCAGCAUGGGGCCUAACAGCUGCCUGUCCAGACUGAGCACAGUAAAGGCAAAGAAUGAGAGAGCAAAGAGCACAGAUGACCAAGAAUCGGCUGUUGACAAUGAAGAUGUCAAGGAACCAUUUGAAUCUCACAGUGAUCAGACACAAUCUGAUGAGGAGGAACUGUGGAUGGGACCUUGGAAUAACCUUCACAUACCAAUGACAAAACUGUGAUGUAGAAUU